AAGAUAUUUAGUUAAAUAAUUUUUAUCGAGUUGAUUCAAAAAUGUCUAUUAAUUCUGUAGACGUUAAUCCAGAAAAUGAACCAAUUUUAUUACCUUUUGAACAAUUUUUUUUUUGUGGAAACAAGGUUGAAUUUAUAUUAGAAUGUGGUAAUGGAUAUCCUGCAAAUCAUAUAAUCAAUAAGACAUAUUCUUCUUCUUCUGGAAGGUUAUAUUUUUCUAAUCACAGAAUUAUUUAUUUUCCAUCUCAAGCUACAGCUAGUUUUAAAAAUUUUGCAUGUCCUUUAAACAAAUUUGUAGAUGGGAGUUUUAUUCAACCUUGGUUUUCUUCUAAUUAUUAUCAGGCCACAGUAUAUCCUGUACCGCAAGGUGGUCUCCCAAGUGUUGCAUCAGUAAAAUUUAUAUUUAAGGAAGGAGGAGGGUUUGAUUUUGCAACAAAAUUUUCCGAUAUUCAAUUUAGACUUCAUGAAAAUAAUAAUGAUCCGCGUUAUGUUCAACAUUUAGAAGAGCUUCCUCAAUACCAAGCUCAUGAUAGUUCCUUACUUCCUAAUGUUAAUCAGCUUAUUAUAGAUGAUAUACCUAGUCUUUCCUAUGUUAAUAGAGAUGCUCCUCCUAAUUAUGAAGAUGUUGCUAAAAAUAAGUAA